AUGGCAAUAUUCAUUUCUGCACCUUUCAAACAGCAAAUUGAAGCACCACAAACCCACCCACCUGUCUACCUACCCUGCACGAUGCCUCCCACCACCGUCGACGAAUUAAUUCAGCCAUUCCUCUCAGAGCCAUGGUGCAUGCAACUGAUUCGGCACCCGACUUACACCAUACAGGCUCCAAUGUCUCGAGUCGGUGAAUUCACGGUCGAUCAUGAGUUCUUUGCCCGCACAAUCAACGCGCCCGACUGCAUCCCGGGCUUCAUUGGUUUGAACAAGAAGACAACGAGACCGGACGGGCUUGUGGAAGAAAGGAUUUCCCUCUUCGCCAUUGACCAUGGAAUCGACGGUUACCGCGGGGUGGUGCAUGGUGGCGUGGUAGCCGCAAUGAUCGACGAGGCUGUCGCAGGCGUUGUGGAAGCUAAUUUGGGUGAUGGCAGACCGUGGGGGACCCAGCAGCUCAUGACCAAGUUUCUCAAUGUCACCUUUAUCCGGCCGGUGACCACGCCUGGGUUUGUGCAGUGUCACGUCAAAAUUGACAAACAUGAAGGCAGAAAGGUCUUUUUCACGGCUACUCUUCAGGACGGCAAGGGCAAGGAUUUGGCAAAGGGCGAAGCUUUGUUCGUCAGAGUGCAAGAGAAAUUAUAG